AAAAGUUGCGUCAUCAAAAAAACAAACAGAAAAAAAAAAACAUGGCGGAUUACUAAAUACACGGGAUCCGCUACCCGUUUGUCUUCUUUGAUACAUGGUGGCUUGUUUAUGCAAGAAAACAGCAUUUUCUCGAGCAGGUUGCAAAAACUGAUGAACAUGUAACUCGGGACUUGGAAUUUCCUACCUAAGGACGUCACAUUUGAACUUGUUGCAUUCAGGUUAAAAAUGUUUCGUCGGUCAAGAUUCAGUGCUCGCCCUAAUGUCGGGACAGCUGGGAGAACAGCUGCACCUCAGGAACCCCCAGCUGCAAACCAGGAGACAAGUAAGACCAAAAAGGAACCAAACGAGAGCAGUAAUGCUUCACUAGCAAACAACUCCGACGUGACCCCAUCAGAAAAUGCUCCUGGUACAGGAGAUGGCAAUGACCAGAGUGGGGAAGGUACCAGCUCCGCAGCAUCAGUCCAGAGAAGGAAGCGGUUCUCCAUCAAGCCUAAAGUGGCUCCUGGUCGCCCUCCGACCCUCUCUCGGACACCAAAAUCCCCCGUCAAAGCAGUCUCUGUGACUCCCGUAGAUGGUGUUUCUGAGUUGGAUCUAGAACAGCCAUCAACAUCUAGUACAACUGUGAAAACACCAACCCCUCAAGGACUCCAGUCCCCAAGGCGAAGAAGACUCUCUGAAGAUACAAAGCCGCACAAAAUACAACAAAAGGUCACCCCUGAGAAACGAGGACCUUCAACUGUUUCUUUAUCUGAGGACUCACCAAAUCAAACCCUAAAUCUGCCAACAGACAGCAGCAAACAAGUGGAAAACAUUUCAGCAAGUCAGACGAAGGAAAUUCAUUCAAGGACACAUGAGAGAGUACCGCCUUCUUUACCAGAUAAAGAAGCUACAGAAAUAUCAGAGAAAGCCAAGACUCUCAUAUCAUCCAAAACUGUAAUUUCAAUAACCCCAUCAGCGCUGUCCCUGAGCAGACUCCUGAAUGACCCGUCAGAUGUGAGGAGAAUGAUGAAGGCCCAGAAGCUGAGAGAGCUGCUGAGACAGGAGCGAUGCAAAGAGACGAAACUCAAGAGAGCUAAAGCCCAUAAAAAGGAGUUUACUUUAGAUCCAACAAAAAUGACCAUGAGGGAUCUCAUCCAUUAUCUCCCAACGUCUAAUCCCAUGACAUCCAGUUUAGAAGAACAUGAUGAAGAGAAUGAGACAGUGAUCCCACCCUCACCAAUAAGAGAAGAAUCCACAGAGCGAGCACCUGUACCUGAAGUUCCCCCUAUCAAAGUGAAUUCCAGAGAAGAAGUGGAGGAGGAAGAGGCUGCUGCAGAAGAAGAGCAGGAGGAAGCUCUCAUGGUUCCUCAGGUCAAGGUAGCAGAAGAUGGCUCGCUGAUCAUUGAUGAGGAAAGCCUAACAGUCGAAGUCCAGCGUGCCAAAGGUCCGAACACAGCUUCUGACAGAGACCCAAUCUUUGAAAGAGGCUCCACUACAACUUACUCAAGUUUCAGGAAAUCAAGUUACUCCAGACCUUGGUCGAUUGAAGAGACAGACAUGUUCUACCUGGCAGUUAGCAUGGUGGGGACAGACUUUUCUAUGAUUUGUCAACUGUUUCCGCACAGAGCUCGGUCAGAAAUAAAGAACAAGUUCAAAAAAGAAGAGCGAAUAAAUUCUUGGAGAAUUGACAAAGCAUUCAGAGAGAGGCGUAAACUUGAUAUAGAGUACUUCUCUAAGCUGCUGGAGAAAAUUUUGGAAUUUCAGAAAGAGAGGAAGAAGUUAAAGUCCCUCGUUAAGAAGAACAGCAAAAUGACGUCCAGAACGAAGGCAAAGGGCAAAAAAUCAGCAAAGAAUCUGAGUGACGUGGAGGAAGAGGAUGAGGAUGAAGUUCAUGACUUAGAGGAAGGGCAGGAGAAAGAGAACGAGGACCAGUGUAAUGAGGGAGAAACUCCUGCUUCUGAGCUGAAGAACAAACGCAAGAGAAAGACAAAAGUAGAGGCCUUGACUGAGGAACCAAAUGAAAAGAAAAACAAAACAGGAGAAGCGCCUGAAGACUCGGAAGCAGCACUUCCUGAAAGCCACACCAACUCUGAAAUGUCUGAGAAGAUUUCAAAUGUAAACUCAGCCAAGGAAACGGGUAUCAAGCCAGCCAAGCUCUCACGAGCCAUAGCACCAAAACCACUUCUGCCUUUGGGCCUAAAGCGAGGUAGAAAGGGAAAAAAUGAAGAGACUGAAUCGGAUAAAGGAGAUAAGAACACGAGUGAUGAAGCCCACAAAGAACAGAUCAAUCAGGAUGAAUCAGAAGCUAGUAGGGGGAAGUCUGCUGGUGAUGAUAUUUCUUCUGAAGAGGAAGAGGCAACAGUAAAGCAUCGGGGACCCACCAGAUAUGGAAGAGUUCCCAAACAAACAGCUGCCUUUGCUUAUGCUUGCAAAGAGCAAUCCCACUCCUCCGUAGCUGAAACUACUUCAGCCUCUCCUUCUACGUCAAAAUCCAAACCCAAGUGCACUGUUAAAAGAGGCAAAUCACUAAAGCCGCAAUCUGACAAAACCCCCAAAAAAGCCAAACUGGUUACUCUCAGAUCCCUCAAUUCAGACUUCAGUGAUGAAGAUGAUGAAGAGGGGCAAGAUCCAUGUUGCAGCUCCAGUCAAGAUAUGUCAGGUUUUGUGCCUGGUGGCCUGCACUCAUUAAAUGCUGUGAUUUCAGAGGUGGAUGACCCUAUGGUCGAGCUUGAUAUCUUGGCCAGCAUGCCUGAUAUGCUGGGCAUCUCCCAAGAUGCACUGUGUCCUGAUUCACCCUCUCAUCAGGCACAAUAUGAGACAGGCACUGCUGAGGCAUGUGAUCAUCAGUUGGACCUGCUGGUUGAUGUAAUAGACUUUUUUACAUCAGAAGAAACAGAAGUUUCUCAGGAUGAGAGCUAUAAUGAGGCUGCUCAAACCCUCUUGACCAUAGGCAACGUUAGUCACGUUUCUCAGUCAACGCAGGGAGAAGUCAACGCACAAGGUUCCAACUCCGGAACCGCGGUGGACGAUAAAACAUCAGACCACUUUGAUGAAAAGGUCAGAGAUCAGCAAGGCACCCCUGCUUCUUUGCCUACUGCUUGUCCUCAGAAAGUCAGAGACAUUUCAGAGACUGUUGCCAGUAUGGACCCACAGAACAGUGAAAUGAGCGUUAGUGACUCAUCUCAUGUUAAAACCAGUGAGCAAAUGUGUGAUAAGCAGAAGACUGUACAUGAAGAAGAAUCUGGCUCUCACUUAAAGUCUAAGCCACAGAUCCCAAGUAACAAUUCUCCAUCAACCAAGACGCUGUGCCUUUCUAAAGUGAAUCCUAAACCAAACAUUGGGACUGCACCACCAACAUCCCAAACGAAGACGUCCAAAGAACAGAAGGCUGAAGUGGGCCACUCAGUUGCUCCUAUUGAGGUAACAUCAGCUGUUAAAGAAGCAGCCCCAAACAGAACAGAAUCUGAUGAGGCAUUGUUAGAAGAUGGCGAUUCCCUUAAAGAAGAUCUACUAAAAGAAGAGAAAUCUGUGAGUUCCUUGAUCACACAGGGUUGCUCCGUUUCUUUAUCUCAGAUUGAAUCUAGUAGGAAUGAGACUGCCAGAGAUACAGACUCUUCAGAUUAUAAAGAUGUAAGUGUUAUUCCUCAUGAUGGACCUGGCAAGACUUAUUUAAGCAGUUCUUUAAAAUCUAAAUCAGAGCUGACGCAGGUUGUACAAGAGCCACACACCCUUUCAGACUCAUUCCAAGGCGGCAACAUCCAACAUCCCCCACCUGAAAACGAUUUGCCUGUCAAUCAAAGGAAUAUGGGUGCAGUUGCAGCUAGAAGGAGUAGAUUGUCAAAAGUCAAACCCAAUCUCCCACAUAUGUCAAGAGUUGCAUUGAAUAAAUCUCAGAUCAGUAAAGAGACUGUAAAGAAAGACCCACUUACUACUUCAAACUCAGAAUCCCAAGAGCAAACCAUAAAGGACGUACAAACCCCAUCUACUAGUUUUAAUCUAAUAGAAGACUCCCCAGCAGGGGAGGUAAUAAAAAUACUCAUUGAAGAGGCCCCUAAGGUCCAGUCCAAUACCGAACCACAAGCUGAACAAGCAUCAAAUGCAGAAUUAGCUGCAGCCCCAGGAGAAAGUAGUAGUCCUGCUACUUUAAUCACACCAGUAGAAGAUAGACAAGCUGAUUUACUGGCGAGUAAUGUUUCAUCUGCUAGUCAGUUGCGAAGGAGCCAUUUGCAAAAGGUUAAACCCAAACCAAAUCUAACACAGGCUCUACGAGCUAAGAAGACUAAACCUCAAUCCACAGAAAACACAGCAAUAAAAAGUCCUGGUCCAAAUCCUGAGUCACUUACAAAGUCAACAGCAGAGGUUUUCCUGCAAGCAGUAUGCUCUUCAACUUCUGAUCAACAGAUUGCAGCCACUGGCUGUGCUUUAAGUUUAAACCCAAUACUGGAUUCGGACUCCACUCAUGUAUCAACAAAGAAACAGUCUACAAAUCAGGAGGUUAAGAUCCCUACUGAGCUUGCUAAUCAGGUUGAAAUGGAGGCGGCAUCAGACCAAAGUGCCACGGGGAACCAGAACCUCACUGAAGUUCCAGUUGAGCAAAGUAAAAAGCAAACCACCAGUGACUCAGGAUCAGUUUCCAAGUUCACAGAUAAAGAUUCAGUAUCUCAAAAUGAAAUGAUCGAAAGUAGAUGCAAUGACACAAUGACCUCACAUGUUAGCCCAACAUGUUUUGAUUCUGACCCGGUCCAAGACCAACGCAGUCAACCUGCUGUGUUUGUGAGAGCUGAGGAAGAGUCGACUGUCCGUAAACACGAUUGUGAAACUACAGAUGCUGGACAGCCGAGGAGGAAUCGACUAUCAAAAAUCAAACCCAGACCUAACAUACCUCAAACCUCAAGGGCCACAAAGUUUAAAUCUCAAACAUUAGAAAACCAGUCAGAGAAGCAAACAAAUCCCGAACAGACAGUGACCGAACUGGAACCAAAAACAUGCGGCCUGUCGUCUGAAAAACAGAGUGUAAAUACUAAUCCUCCAUCGGGUUUAACACCACCACUGACCUCUGGAUCCCAUGCAAGACCUUCAAAAAUGAAAACGACAGACACUGAUGAUCAGACAAGCAUGAAUGCAGCAGCAUCAGAAACAGAGAAGCAAAACUCUAACGUCAAUCUUGAACUAAGUGAGGAGCAAUCCACUAAAGAACAAGAGUCAACAUCCAAUGGAUUUCCUGUUGCAUCAUCUUUGAGCAUUAGCAAUAAUCAGGCACUGACUGCCCCAACAGAUAACGAACCACAAUUUGGUCAAGGGUCAAACCUGAAUUCAGGAACAGAUCUAGAAAGAAGUGACCAGCCUGCUGCUUGCAAAACAGCCUUGGAAGAGUUGCAAGUUGGUCAGAAGGAGGAUAAAUCUGCUCGCCACUUCAAAAGGAGCCAGUCACUAAAACCUACACCAAAUUUAUCACAGACUUCAAGACUUGCAAGGUCCAAGGGCGAUAUCAAAUCUCAAGUACCCCCCAAACUCUGUGUACAGCAGACCGUCAUAGAGAAAGAGAUGAAUACUGAGUUCACAGAUGAACCCCUGACACCUGAGGUCAGAGCAAGUCAGAGUAUAAAUGUUGCACCAACAGUUGAUUCAGCAUCAACCGGAUCACAAGAGGGAACAGUUUCAAACAUAUGUGCUUCAGUCCAAGACCAGACUAAACCUCAUGCUGCAUCCUUGCUAGUCAGUGAAAAAAAGGAUGAACAAUCGAAGACGGAAAACUCAACAGCUAUGCAGUUUGUAAAAAAAACGCCAAGCCCAGCCUCUGAAGAAAAAAGAAAAACUGAGGAAAAGGCAAAUGUUGGACAUGUUUCAAGUUCAGUUCUCACAGAAAAAACAAUGCCUGAAAGAAGGCAGCGGUUUCCCAAAGUCAAACCCAAGCCCAAUGUAGAGUCAAGCUGUAGAGUUACAGUUAAAAAGCUUCAGUCGGAAGAUCACAAUAAACCUCUUGAAGACCAGAUUAAAGACAUAUCCUCAACUGUUAUGCUGGAGCAACAACUGGAAUCUACUAUGGACACAAUGUCAAAUAAUGACCAAGCAGACCCUGAUUCUCUUUCAUCUGGAGAUUGCACCUUGGAAAUGCCAGUAACAGUUUACAGCUCAAAUGCCCAAACAGUUGGUGCUCAGACUCCAAUUACAGAUGUCCCAUCAACUUCUAAUGCUAGUCCCUCACCCCAUGAGAGAGACGUAUCUGUCCAAGGCAGUGAUCCCACACCAUCAGAGUUGAUCGACUCUUCUAAGAACUCAGGAAAGGCUCCUCAAGUUGGUAGAGGGAGGCUCAUUAAACCUAAACCCAACCUGCGAUGCAGCAGUCGUCUUCAGCAAACCCAGGCUGUUAAAAACACAAAACCAACGGAAGCAGACUCUGGCAAUACCUCACAAGCUCUCAGUGCCUGUGGUGAUCUAAAACUUGUAUCUGAACUCGGAGCGUGCACCCAGGAGCCAGAAAAAGACUCGAGUUCAAAUGAUGCUCAUUCUUCUCAUUAUUGUGUUAAACAAGGAUCUUCUAAUGAGCAUGAAACAUCAAGUGCCGAGGAGAUUCAGAGAGAUUUACUCCUGUCAGAGUUCCUGCCAGAGCAAGUGCCUUCAGAUCCAGAUGAACCCUUUUUCAUCCUUUCUCUGACGGAGGUCCCAGUCUCCUCAGCAGAGGAAGUGGAAACGAGUCCAGCUGAGAGCCUCUCUUAUCUUCCUGCAACAGGUGCAUCAGGACAACAGUCAAGUGUUUCUGAUGUGAGUUUGGAAGCAGAAGACCAUCCUGAACUUUCUGUGGAGCCAAAAGUCUUCAAUACCACCAUCGCUGAGCCGAACAAAACAAAUCAUGAUGAUUAUGCUGAGAAGAAAAGUCGUCUGAGUUGUAAAAACAAAGUUUCUGCUUCCGACUUUUCCGAAGCAAACAUUGUUAAAACAAGGGAUCCCCCGUGUAAAAAAACAGCAAGUAAGAGAAAUGAAAAAAAACUUUCAUCAGAAGCAACACAGAUGUCUUCUUCAGAACCGAAGGUCUCCACAUCAAAUUAUAUUAUUCCCACACAAACUAAAUCAGCAACCGAGGCCGUUACACAAUCGGUGAGUUUGCCUGUUGGCCCGAGGUCUGUGUCUACGGUUUUAACUUCCCCAGAAGGUGAGAGCAGAUUUGCUGACGAGGAGCCUACAAGUGUGUCGCGGUACUUCCUAACUGACAUUUUCACAGAAGUUGAAGAUUAAUUAAAAGCUCCAAGCCGCUUACAAUUUUAGUUUUUGAACACUUUUGUAUUAUCUCUGCAAUGCUUAAUUUAAAACUAUAUUUUAUUUUUACUUUCUUUUCUGUCAGUUGGUCUACUAGAUGUAUUUUAUUUAACCUAAACAAGCACUUUGGAUGAAUACAUUUGUACUGAAAAUAGAUUUUUAAACCUCAAUUAGUUCAAAUAGCAAUGUGAAACAGUGUUAAUAUGGCUGAUAAAACGAUGUAGACUGAAUCCCUGGCAGCUGACUGACACAUCACACGCUGAGCCUCAGGUUUCAUAAACUAGCUGUGAAAAUGUAAAUGCUGUAAAGCAGAACUGAUUUACCUCUUUCUUUGUGUUUAUACUUGUUCAGACUUUAGAUCUCGGUCACAGAUAGAAACUUAACUCCAUGACGAGAAGCGGUGUAUAUAUUUAUUUAUUUUUUUUAUCAUUUCUGUGUUCAUUAAAACUUUAUAAAAAGCAAUUCUGUAAAAUAUAACCGAUCCAAUGCUUCAACAUUUUGAUUUGUUCUUUAGAGGUGUGUGUGUGUUGAGUACCUUGUACAGAUGAGAAGCAGUUAGAAUAUUAUAUUUGAUACUUUAAACUACUCAUGUUUACAUCUUGGAUAUUGAGUGUACAUAAUGUCAUUUAGGGUUAUGCAUAUAAGUGCGAAAAGCAACAAAUUUAGAACCACCUCAUAACAGCUACACAAUAUUUAAGACCAACACUAGCGUAUAAAUGCUUUGUUCUUGUUUAAGCACCACAAAUCUUUCAUUGAAUUCAUUAAAAUGUAUUUUUUGUUACUUUCCCAUCACAUCUCCUUAAUUGUUACGCACUGGCAUAUUAAAGGUUUAGCUGAAUGGAAUAUAUGGCAUUGUCUAAAUAAAACAAUCAUCCAUCAACCACA